AUGAGUGACGGGGAUGAGGGAAAGUCUUUACCACAGGAGGUGGCAGGAGAGGAAAUGACGUUAGCGGCACGUGAGGCGCGUUGGGGGUUUACAUUGGAUGAGCUUCAUGCUGCAACAAAAGUUGUUCGUACCCUUUUUCACGAUCCAUCACUUUUUGUCGGGGAUCCGUACCUGCACGAGAGCAGACUGUACACGAUGAUUACACGAGACCGCAAGACAAAGCGUGAGAACCGUGACGUGUACAAGGCCAUUAUGAAUGAGGAGAAGAGUUAUCGUAAGCGUUAUAAACGUAUGCAAGACAUUGAAGCGAUUCGUCGCACCGAAAUGAAGCGUGAAAGGGAGGAGGCUCUCUGUCUCCUUCAGCACCAGGAAAAUGAGGGAUCUGAUCGGGUUGUGUCGCUUAUUCGUGACCGUGUGAGCGGCCCUGCGGAUACCGUUGACGGGCAAGGUGCUAGAAGGAGUGAGGAUUGCCAUGACGGCUUGUCCACCCACGAUCGUCAGAUAAUAUCACAAAUUGGUGCGUUUGAGAAUAUUAUACGUCUUGAAGCAAUGUACACUGCGGGUUCCGCUGCGAUGGAUUGGGCUACUGCCUCACAUCUUGUGGCUCAGGUUUACCGCUACUUACCGCAUUCGUUUGGGACGCAAAUGCCCCCCGUUCUUAUUGGUGGUUCCGCACCACCGGGAACUGAUUUGUUGCAGCAGGAGAUGUAUACAGCAACGAUAAAGCUUCGGAUUGCAAGACUCUGCGGUGAACUCUUCACGCUUGGGGGAGACGAUGACAAUGAUGACGAAAACAUGAAUGGCAUCAGUGGGGGCAGCAAUAAUCGUGAUUGUGGGGGGAAAAAAGCUGGUGAACUCGUGAGCGGUAUUCCUUCUGAUGAGGACAUAGUUGUGGCCGAUUCAGGGGCAAUGCGAGACCUUACCUGCCUCCGUAAUUGCGGUACGUUGGAUCGUGCAUCUGUUGAUGUGGUAAAGGCAUUAAAACAUAACCUUCCCGUAACAGAUGCCCUUCACGUGUUUGAACGUGCAGUUAGUCGGGGGGAACCAAUUGAUCUGUUCGUGACCAACGACAGUGUUGGCACGCUCACCAGCCCUGACGCAAAGGCAGGUGGAAAUGGAAGCGGUGUUCAGUGGUCAGUUGAUGCGUCCCUCAACUUAUUUAUAGCUCGUAGGUUGUACAGUAAGCGACGUUACCGUGAAUUGGGGGAGUCACCUUCCGAUUUUCCAACACGGCCACCGGUGUCGGAUGAUGAGGAACCCGACAGUUUUUCUGUCUUCCAAGAUAUACAACAGUAUGCGGCCGGUCGUCCUAUACCUUGUGAUGAAGCACUGCAGCUUAGUCGAACCAUUGCAUGCCACACCUGUCGUGUGCGGUAUGAUAAGUUGCACCCGUAUUAUUACAGUAUGUGCCACUUGUGUGGUGAGUAUAACUUCAACAAGCGUUUGAUGACUCGGGAUUUGCGGGGAAAGGUUGUGCUGCUUACGGGUUGCCGCAUUAAAAUCGGCUUUGCCAUGGCACUUUCCCUUCUGAGGUGUGGUGCGGAAUUAAUAGGCACCACUCGCUUUGCUCAUGAGGCAGUGGCACGGUUUCAAAGAGAGGCGGACUACUGUGUGUGGGCGCACCGGCUUCAUCUCUUUUCGCUGGACCUGCGUGACAUGUGGCUGGUCACUCAGUUCUGUGCCUUUGUAAUGCAGAAGUUUGGGAAGUUAUUUGCGAUAAUCAACAACGCUGCGCAGACAAUCGCGCGAACGAGGGAGUACACGAAGCAUUUACGGCAUGUGGAAUCGCAUCCCCCUCUAGACCUGCACAAGACACUAUACGACGACGCGGCAUCCAGGGAGUGGCACCAGUAUUUUCUUAGUCACUCGUCGGUAACGAUUGGAGAGCCGCUGCAUAUUGAACAUCACCCUCAGCGGCAACCUUUUCUGGACGAGAGGAUUACCACAGGUGACGCUACGGCCUACUAUAACACCAACGCAACUGGUCACAGCGGUGUUCUGGUUGCUAUCGCGAGAUCACCUCUUGUUGUGGGUUCCUCAAAAUCUUCUGUUUUUGAUCGUUACGACACGGCUGCUGAGGAGAGCGACCACCGCGUGACGAACUCGUGGGUUAUGAAACUGGCAGAGGUGCAAGGCAGCGAAGCAGCAGAGGUUAUGGCCAUAAAUGCUCUCUCACCCUUUAUCAUCAACAGUAAGCUUAAACCCGCACUCCUAAACCGUACUGGUGAUCCGGUGACGGAUGAGGCACGCUUCAUCAUCAACGUUUCCGCUAUGGAAGGACAGUUCUACCGGUUCAAGCAGGUGACACAUCCUCACACAAACAUGGCAAAGGCGGCUCUCAAUAUGAUGACGAGAACUAGUGGUGAGGAUUAUGCUCAAGAUGGAAUUUAUAUGAACUCCGUAGACACGGGUUGGAUUACAGAUGAAUCACCAAAGGCCAAAAAGGAGCGACGCGCAGACCAGCAUCAGCUGUGUCCUUUGGACGAGGUCGAUGCCGCUGCUCGGUGCUUAGAUCUCAUUUAUAGUGAUCGCAAAGUAUAUGGAAAGUUCUUCAAGGAUUUUAGGGAAAUACCUUGGUAG